ACAUUUUUUAUUUUGCACAGCCAAUUUAUUUACCCAGUUUUUAUUUUUAUACUGAACUGUUCCUUUAAGAGUCAAAGUAAUGCCCACGUUCAGGCUCAGUAACAUUGUCCACUGAAUGUUCUAGAAGGAUAUACAGGGACACUUUGUGGUUAAAUGAGUUGUCCAGCUGGAAUUAUAUGCCUCGUAUAUAAAAUCUAAAGAUGGGGAGUUUCUAUUGGUCUGUGAUUGUUUUCCAUGUUCUAUACAGCAAGUACCUGAAACACAUGCAUGGCCACAACUGUAACAAUAUACCUCAGUCUCCCAGUAAGAUCCCAGAUCUGUCACGAGUGGGUAAAACAGAACCCAAACAGCUGUAUGUCUGUUAUCAUGAGCAACGAGAAGGCGACCGAGAAGAUCCUCAAUCUCAUCCUGGAGAUCAUUUGUCUGCUGACUGGAGAGGAGUGCAUUGUUGUGAAGAAGAAUGGUGACCAUAUCACGGAUGUAAUCAAUAAAAUCCACAGUCCUAAAAUUAAUCCCCCUCCUCAAUUAUCAGCAUGUAAUAAGAUCCCUCACCUGCCAGUCACUGAGGUUCCACUUCACUAUGAGGAUGGAGUUGUUUGUCUCUCCACGGAGGAAUGGGAAUAUACAAAAAGGCACGAAUACUCAGAAAAACACAAAGGUCGUAAUAAAGGCAUAAUGAGAGAAAAUCAACAGCCCUGCAAGCCAGUUGGUUGUGACGUUGUUGGUGCAGUGAAUAAAACAGACUCAGGGAUGAGAAGUGAGGAAAUCCUAAAGGAACCAGAUACAAUUGCAGAUUGUAAUGGAAAUAUUCCGGAGAGCUGUCCCAUUGCUCCGUGCUCUGGGCAGGAUUAUACAGAUGGAGAGAGCGUGGCCUCACACAAUUCUCAGGUCCGACCAAUAGAAAUGAUGUCACAUACGUAUAAGGAAGAGGAGAUUCCUAUAGAAAUCCGUAUUGGUGAAUAUGGUGACAGAAUCACAUCCCAGAAGUCUCCCAUUGGACAGUACUCAGACAAUGCAGUGGCAGAACAUGAAGUCUCAAAAAAGUAUCAGAUCAGGCUGCCUGAUUCAAUAACCCAACCGGAGAACAGUGAAAAUAUAUUGUUACCCCAAGAGGAUGCAUUUCUACCCCAACAGUGGAAGACGGAGGCAAUCCCCAUGGAAAUAUCUGAAAAUCCUGUCAGCUUGGAAACCCAGUUUAACUCCAGUCCCAUUUACCACCCUGACCCGCUGCAUGAAACGGAUCAGUACCAGGAUCAGUACCAGGAUGCUGAGCAAUAUCAAGAGCAGUGUGUUAGUGGUAAGCCUUACAGCCUUGCUGAGGAUAAGGGUUCUCAUUUGGAGGAAAUUCGGGAUCACGCUGAGUUUCCCAGAGACAACAAAUACCUUUCACAGGUGCUUCCCAAUAGGUCCAUCCAAGGUUUUGCUCCGCCCAUCACACAGGAUCCAUCAGUGACCUAUAACUGUGCAGUGUGUAGAAAGGACUUUAGGAAUAACCGGGAAUUUCUGAUGCACCUGAAAUCACACAGUCCUGAGCCAACGUGCUCUGGGAGCAGUGAGAACUUGUCUAAUUAUUCAGGCUUUGCCCAGCAGAACAUCCAGAGAGGAGAAUGUGUUCAAUCGGUACUUCCCAAAAUAAAGAUGGCCGCACCUCAGCAAGUCCGUGCCGCAAAGAGAGGCUGCGUGUGUCCGACUUGCGGCAAAGGUUUCAGCCAAAGUUCAGACCUCGUUGUACAUCAGAGAAUCCACACGGGGGAAAAACCUUUUGUUUGUUCUUACUGUGGCAAAUCCUUUACCCAGAGAGGACAUCACAUUUCUCAUUUACGCACCCACACGGGAGAGAAGCCCUUCUCCUGUUCCCAGUGCGGGAAACGCUUUACACGGAAUUCUACCCUGCGCUCACAUCAGAGGACUCACAUACUCCCUAAAUACUCCUGUCCUGACUGCGGCAAAUGUUUCACAAACCACACAAUUCUCUCUGCACAUCAGAAGACUCACAGCAAAAAGCUGCAAUCUGCAAGUCGAUAAAAUAUACAGCUAUGGGAUCUGGGAUUCUCCAAAUAAUAUAUUAUAUUAUUAUCUGUAAUUUUGAUCUCCAUACCUUAAGUGGGUGGAUUAAGGGUCGAAUUGAAAAUUCAAAUUUUUUUUAUGGUCAAAACUCUCGAAUCGUGAAUUAUCCAAACUCGAUUUGAGUUUGAAUUUCGAGAUUUAUCACACUCCAGCCCUUUUAAAACUCGGAUUUGACUAAUCGCCACCUAAAACCCGCCGAGUUCAUGUAUAAGUCAAUGGGAGAGGUCCAGGCAUCAAUUUGAACAUGUUAUUAGCCUUCCUGACAUUCCAGUUUUGUUUCGGAGAAAAAACUCUAUAAUCAAGUUUGGUCCAAUUCGAUUCAAAUUCGAUUUGAGUUUUCGAGUCUGUAAAAUUAGACUGCAAUUGAAAGCUAUACUCGAUCUCCGCUUCUAUAAAACUUUCAUGAAUAGUAAGCAGAGGUUUUACGAAUCGGGAGAUAAAUGCAACAAGCAAUUUGCUCCGACACUAAAAAUUUUAAACCUGAUAACAUAUGUUACAUCAAUAAACGAUAAAGAUCAUCAGGUGCAGUGUGAUACACAAAGUAUAGAAUCUAUCUUCCAAAAGUAUUACCGGACUUUAUACAAACUUAAGAUAUCCGGAGGGCACAAGGGAGACAAGGUUUGCAGGUUUGAAGCAUUUAUCAGAAACCCAAAGAAUAGACUUAGACCUCCCUCUUCCCCAAAGAAGAUAGAAACAACAAUAGAUUCAUUAACACCAGAAAAGAGCCUGGGCCAGAUGGAUACAGUGGCUUGUAUUAGAAGACAUAUAAUAAAGAACUUGCCCCAAUACUAUGUUCUUAUUUCAAUAAUAUAAACACUAAACGGGUUUCAUAAGCAAGCAAAGGACAAAGGACGCACAUCACAAUUAUACCAAAGACCCCCAAUUAUGCGCAAGUUAUAGACCGAUCUCAUUAAUAAAUUUACAGGGGAAUGUAAUAAAAGUCGCAAAGAGCAAAACAAUUCGCACCAAUAAGACUAAAUAUCCACAUCUCGCAAUGUAAUAUUGUUCCUUAAACUGUUA